ACUGCCACAGAGUGUGCACAGACUAAUGGAAAUCUUGAGUUUUGAGACUGAACUCAGGAGAAAGUUUAUAACCUUGAGGCCAGGUGACACAGAUACCGGGUAUUUCAGUCACUGAGCAUUAUAAAGAGGUCGAACGUAUACAGAUUCCAUUGUUGAUAAAGAGUUUGGUAUCGAGACAUAAAUAUGGAGCCACAGACAUAUAACGUAAGACAUGCCAACGAUGAGGAUGAUUGCUCCAUCAUAGGCUCGUGUUUAGCCAAAUUCUGGAUUGUUCUUGCUGAUAGCAGAAACAGAAAGCUAAAGCUUUUGCACUCUGCUUGUAAUCCAAAUGAUAAUAACGUAAUAACUACGUGCGACUUUACUUGUGAAAUAAAUGACGUAUGCAGCGUUGGUGCGUUCCGAGUAGCGGUGGCACUUGAUGACGGGUUCCAGUUCGUUCAAGCGAGAAGUCGGGUUGAAUUCGUCCUAGAAAGGAAGAUACUCUGUGGCCAUCGUUGCAACGGUAUAAAUAGCCGUAAUAAUACGAUCUAUGUUGUUGACAAUCAUAAACUGUAUGCCUACAAUAUAGAGAAUGGUGAAGAAAUGCCUGGUGAGAUCUACGAUGCCGGAGACCAGUCAGAUCUAUGCAAAGUAUCUGUCAGUCAUAAACAUAACGACAACAGAAUAUUCAUUGCAGACAGAAACCAUGGCAGUGAAUGCGUCAUUGUUCUUCAGUAUCAAGAGGGACAGAUUCGAGAUUGGAAAAUUGUGGAUGAUUGCUUGAGACACAUCAGGGAUAUUGCCUUCAUCCCGUCUGAUAAUCCAUACGGGCAUGUACUGAUACUUGUUGAAAACGCAGCUAAUCCUUUUGUAUGGGUAUCCUUGAGUGAAAACAAUGGUCACCAAAUACGACAAGAUUUUCCACAGCCUGUCACCGGUAUUCAGCAUCCCCUAUCACUUGGUUGCAGUCAAGAGGACACAAUCAUAAUUGGAGGACAGAGGGAUAACAGUGUUUCAAAAGUGCAACUGACCGCCAUGCUUGUAUUGUAAAGUUGUUUAAGGGUUACAAAUGGAUAAAAAGAAUCAGCUUUUUAUUACUUCUAAUCUUUUAUAUAGUAAACGAUAAUUAGAAAA